GUCCGUUUCUCUCUGCAUUAAUCCAUGCUUUUGGCUUUUCCCAUCCCAUGUGAGAUUUCCAGCCAACAAGAUGUGACCCUUCCAACUCUUCUCUCUCUUGCCCAAAACCUUAAUCCCUCUUUUCAUGUUAAAUAACUUUCUUCUCUAGCUUCAUACUAUUGCUUUUCUAAGUUCAUCAUAUGUAGAAUUGUUUAAAAGCUAGUCAGAUUUUUUUCCAUUUCCCUUUUUCGCUGUAUCGUGUCGCUCAGGCAAUUCACCAUACACCUUGUCCACAAUUGCCACAUUUGAAGAUGAUGCAAUUGCUGGGGGUACAAAUGUAAUUUCCUAAUUUACUCCCCCUCUCCUUUUCCAGCCGUCGUCUUAUUAUAGCCAUAGCAAUAGGUAUAUUUUUCUAGAUUUUUUUAGGGGGGAAAGUUUGGAAAGCUUUCUCAAUUUCCGGUGGCAGAAAAUCCCCAUGACUCGAGCGUGAGAUUUUCAUACCAAAAAUGGGAUCUUUCAGCGGAUUAGGGAUCGGUUUGAGCUUUGUGUUUGGCUGCAUUUUAAUGGGCCUUGUAGCAGAGCUUUACUACCUCCUCUGGUGGAAGAAGAAGCUCUCCACCACCACCACCACCGCCGCCGCCACCACCAAAGAAAUGCAAGAAUUCAGCCUCCUCUUCUGCUGGCGAAAGCCCAAAUCAUUCAGCAACAGCAGCAGCCAAGAACUCACAAAUCCAGCAAACAACCACCAAGAAAUCCAAGAUUUGGAAAUUGGGGGAAACAAAGAGCUUGCCCUCAAAUGCGAAGAAGGAAUUGAAGCGGAAUUGAUGAGGGUGCACAAUCUCUGUGGCCCACCGAGAUUCCUCUUCACAAUCAAAGAGGAGAGCAAAGAAGAUUUGGAAUUAUCAGAAGAUGGGAGAUCAAGAAAGGGGUCGAGGACAAGAAGCUUGAGCGAUCUCUUCGUCGACGGCGGCGGGAUCAUCAACCCGCUGUUCGAGUCGCUCCCGGAGGCGGAGCUCCGGCGCCUGCGGUCGUCGCCGCCGCCAAAGUUCAAAUUUUUAAGGGACGCGGAGGAUAAGCUGCUGCGGAGGCUGGCGCAGGAGGAGGCGGAGAGGAGAAUCAUCGACCAGAAUCUUCAGCAAGAUUCGAUUUUGGAAGAUGGGUCUUUUCUCAAAUUUCUUAAUGUGAGAGACAAGAUUCACAAUCAGGUAUUGCCAUUGCCUUCUUCUCCAACAAAUUAGUGUAAAAAAUUGGAAUGUUCUGAGUUAGUUGAAAUUCAUUAGUAGUUUGCUACUGUGUGUUUGAUGAUACUACACUACACAGAUUGUUUUUAUUUUGUGGAUGUUUUUUUCUUCUUCUUGAA